AUGGCAUAUCAGUUAUACAGAAAUACCACUUUGGGAAACAGUCUUCAGGAGAGCCUAGAUGAGCUCAUACAGUCUCAACAGAUCACUCCCCAACUUGCCCUUCAAGUUCUCCUUCAGCCUGAUAAGGCUAUAAAUUCAGCAUUGGCUCAGAGGGUCAGGAACAGAGUCAAUUUCAGGGGCUCUCUAAAUACAUACACAUUCUGCCAUAAUAUAUUGUGUGGACUUUUGAAUGAUGUAGAAUUCAGAAAGGUGACAGAGCUUAUUAAAGUGGAUAAAGUGAAAAUUGUAGCCUGUGAUGGUAAAAAUACUGGUGAAAAUACUACUGAAUGA